CGAAUAAACUAAAUGUAGCUCGCCAUGGGGCUGCUACACAGGUUGCCCUUGUCGAGCGAAAACACUAAAUAUUAGGAUAUUAUAAGACUUUUAACAAGCAAUAAUAAUGUCUCAUAACCGGUGCUAUAUUUAUGUAUUGUAAGUUGUGACAAUUGAUUUGUAAUUAACUUUCAAAUCUGUGAUAUUCGUGCAAUCUCGACAGGGUAUUGAAGAAUUCGCCUUCAACAAACAUUUCAUUCCGUACAAGCUAAGGAGUUCCACAUCAUUAAUAUUGACCAAAAACAAACUCACUGCCUGAUCUGCUUUUAAUCCAAAACUGUUGUUGUUAUGUUGGUUGUGCUGCCAUGUAUUUAUUUGUUAAAUGUUGAUGUUCUUUUAUUGGUUAAUCCAGAACAAAAAGUGCUGUUUUAAGUGAAGUUUGAAUUGUUUUAAGAUUUAUUUGUGCCAAAGGACAAAAUGCAGCAAGCUGCUAAACCAGUCAAUAUGAAUAAUCAAGUGAACAGUGGAUGGGGGAACAGUGGCCCCAUUCCUGGAGCCGGUGUUGAUGAAGAUGAUGGGGGAUGGGGUGUAGGACCACCUGGUGUGGGCAGUGGAUGGAUGGGUGCUCUAGCUGCUGCCAAUGCUGAAUUAAGUUCAUGGCAAGGACCAGCAGGAGAUUGGAAACCAAGUGUUAUUGUAGAUCGGAAUGACAAGGAGGCUUGGCCUUCCAUUGGAGGUGACAAUUCCGAAACAACUUCAGACAACGGUGAAGAUAGUGCCUCCGCCAAAUCAGGAUCUGUGAUAUCAUCGUCCAGUCAGGACCACACUGCCCUUUGGGGCAACUCUCUCAAUGGACUUGAAUCGAACACUUGGGAUACAAAUCCGAACAGCUCCACUUGGGGCUCCUCAUAUCCUCAAAGUCUUUCAAAUAAUAUGCAAGGAAUAACUAGUAUAGCUGGUUCUAGUGAUCCUUCUAGAGGUUGGGGAAAUGUCCCUGGAACCCUCCCCCAGGGACUUGGACAAAAUCUGGGAGGGAAUAGGCCACAAAAUUCAGUGCAAAUACAGCAGUCAGCAGCAGAAAGUAUGCAAUCGUCUCAUUCCGUCUCUAAUCAGGCUUCUUAUGGUGCAAAUACUUCAGCGUUCAAGCCUGUAGGUGAUUCAUGGGGUGCAGUCGGAACUAUACCCAGUGAUAUAGCAGGUAAGGGCAAUGGCAAUAGUGCUCAUCAAAAACCAGAAAUGAUGUCCGAAGUUGGAUGGCCAGUUAAUCCUCCACCCACUCCGAUUUCGGCAAAUAGUGUUUCAAGUUGGGGUGAAAGCACUGUUCCAACAUCCAUGGCUUCUACAAAACAACAGUGGCCACCAGAUUCAACACAAGGUCUCCAACCUCAACCUACGUCAUGGGCUCAGGCUGCCGGUAAAGGCCUUUCUACUAGUCCCUCCAAUCCAGUGUCAAAUCAAAAUGCACAAUCUCAAAGCAUAUCACAGUCAGAUGUUCCUAGUGAUUAUCGUGUAGCCAUCGAUAGUCAUGAUGGUUGGGGUCAGAAACCAGUUCGUCAAGAUACAGCAUGGGAAAUGGAAACCACCCCAAAAGCAAAAAGAAAGUUCCCAGCAACAGUACCAACAGUAAAUCCAGAAAAACCUGCUGCAGCAGCAAACCCAAACAAUAAUAACAGCAAUAUGUGGAAUAAUAAUAAUGGAACUGGUAUUUGGGAAUCUACAAAAGAACCCCAACAAACCAGUUCAUGGACAAGUGCCCCAGCAGGAAAUUCUGCUCAGUGGGAGGAUCCUCAGGCAAAGGAUCCAAACACAUGGACAAAUCCUAAUGAUACAACCUCAAGUCAGUGGGGUGGGAAAACAGAAACUGGUUCUUGGCCAAGUGAACGUUCAGGUCAGUAUGGAGAAGCUGGCAAACAAGAAGUAAAUGAUGGUACAGCGCUUUGGGGAAAUCCAGGAGGUAAACCGACAAAUUGGAACCAACCACCUAACAAUCCCCCAAACUGGAACCAAGCACCACCACCGCCACCACCACCAACACAGCCACCUGGAUGGGGACAACCACCUCCUCCACCUGCAAAAGUGGAUGAUGGUACAUGUCUUUGGGCUGCUGGUUCUCCAAAACAGGCUCAGGCAGCUGGUUGGGGAGAAACAAAUAAUCAGUGGAAUUCAGCAGCUGUAGGCCAAAAACCAAAGACACCUUCAUGGUCUGAGGACCCCAGUGUCAAGGAUGACAUGUUCUGGAAUGAGGACAAGAGUAGUAAUUGGGAAGAUACAGACAUGGGAACGUGGAUGGAUGAAACCCAAGAAAAUAAUUCUACUUGGAGCAGUGCCUCUGGUUGGAUUAGGGGAAAGAAAACUUUGAUCAAGGGUGGUGCUAGCCGAUUUCCAGGUGGAAAUCAGCCUCAGAUGAGGAGUCGUAUGAUUCAGCAGCUAAUGGAGCUUGGUUUUCAGAAAGAUGAGGCCGGGCAAGCAUUAAUAAGCAACAAUAUGAAUUAUCAAAGUGCUCUCGCUGAACUUUACAAGCAAAAAGGUGCUACUUAUAGAGAUGAUGUAUUACUGGAAAGUGCCAAGUCCAAAGUGAUAAGUGAUAAUGACAUAUCAGAUACUCAGCAGGAAAACAAUCCAUUUGUGCCUAAUCCAAAUACUCCUUUUCCUCCACCAAAUGCUCAAGCGUUCAAGGGACCUAGUCAGCCAGUCUCUAGUCAAACUAGUAUUAUGCCUCCGCAACAAAACAAAAAGCCUGCCGCUGGUCGAGCUCAGGCUGUCGCACAACAAAUGGCCCAACAACAGAUUCUCCAGCAGUUACACCUUGCCGUUAAGGCAGGAUUAAUCAGUCCACAACUUCUCAACCAGCAAUUGCCUCCGUAUAUGUUGGUUCUACUCCAGCAGUUACUACAGCAUCAGCAGUGUCUACAACAGCUAAUCACUACCCAACAAGUCCUUCAAAAGAACAGUGUCUCUAUGAACCCAAUGGUUCAACGUCAACAACUUGAACAGGUCAAUAUGAAAAUUAAUACGAUCAAACAACAAAUUCUUAUAACCCAACGUCAAAUCCAUGAUGCUCAACGUCUUCUUAUUAAACCUCAACCAACAGCAACUUCACAAUCAUCAACGGAGGAUGCCAUCUCCACUAUAGAGUCCAGUCUCUCAAAUCUCAACAUGACCAACAGUCAACCUCAACAAUCUAAACUUAGUCAGUGGAAGAAACCCACAGAAAAAGAGUCCAGUCCAGAUUCUGGUGCUAAUACAGAAUAUAGUGCUUUAAACAAGGCCCCAGGCUCGUCCAAAACUAGCCAGGCCUCAUCACAGUCCAGUCUUCAGUAUGGUGGUCUUGGUCUGACCCAACUUGGAGGAGAUUCCACCUGGUCCAAUGUGCCAGCAACUACAUCUGCCUCUCAGAGUUGGCCUACAAUCAGUGUCACAUCAACUGGCACCACAUCUAUUGACGAGAAUGGGAAAGAUAUUAAAGAAUCUCACUUACCAUCUACAUCAUCUUCUCUCACUAUUAAUGAUGCAAUACCAGAAUUUGUACCUGGUAAACCUUGGCCAGGAAUUACUCAAAAGAGUGUUGAGGAUGAUCCACAUAUCACGCCAGGAAGCUUCUCCCGUUCUCUCAGUCUAAGUGUCAAUACCAUCAGAGAUGAUUCUUUAGGAUCAUUAAUCACUAAAACCAGUCCAAGUGAGUCCCUCCCGCCUAUUAAUCCUAAGAAUAUGUCCCAGAAGUCGUGGAGUGGCGGCGAUUCCAUGACUCCAACGUCUUUCUCCAACGAAGUAUGGGGUGUGCCAUUACCAAAGAACAGUGCCAUGCAGCAGCGUCCACCACCAGGUCUGAAGCCUAACAACUGGUCUGGUGUUAAUCGUCAACAUUCCUGGGCAGGAACCAGAACUGACCCAUCUUCUUUCAAUUCAGGGAACAUGUCAAACUGGGAUGCAAGGAUGUCAAACAAUAUCACUCCUUGUUUAAUCCUGAAAAAUCUCACACCUCAGAUAGAUGGAUCAACAUUAAGGACCCUCUGCAUGCAACAUGGUCCUCUAGUGUGGUUUUAUCUUAGUUUGAACAAUGGCCAAGCCUUAGUCAGAUACCACUCAAAGGAAGAAGCAUUCAAAGCACAAAAAUCGCUCAACACAUGUGUAUUAGGAAACACAACCAUAGUAGCUGAUUUUGUGUCCGACAAUGAAGCGGCUAGAUUUGCCAUGACAGCCCAGUCAUCUAGUCAGUGGCAGUCACAGCAGCCUAAUAAUUCUGCGUAUCGCCAAAACAGCAUGGGUGUUUGCAAUGAUUCAUGGAAUCAACCAGCUCAGGCUAACCAUAUGGCCAAUAAUUACAAUUCGGGGGGAAUGUGGGGUAAUGGUGGAAGUGGUCUUUGGGGAGGUGACGACCACAAUGCCAACUCUCUGCUCGGCAAUAUGUUGGGGGAGUCUAUGUGACUGCCUCGUGAUCUCUAUAUAAAAGCGGGUUAAUUGUGGGGCGGAUACAGUAUUCCAUUUGUUAACCAAUGUGUUCUGAGUUGUUAGGUCAGAGAUACGGACCAGCCCCCAACGAUGCAAAUACUUUGGUGCUCAAUGCUUCCAAGAAGCACAGCACAUUUUAUUUUUUCAUUACUUCCAAUGAAGUAUUUUAGUCUUUCAUAAUUCCUUGUUCUUGUCAGGUGGGCUUGGUCAUGAUAACCUCCACCUAACAACUCUAAUUUAUUGAAGGGUGUAUUUAAGUGUGCACACAACCUCAUUGUUUUAUUUAUGUCAAGACUUCUCAAAAUGCCAUGUGUAUUAUAAUAAUGUAAAAAAAAAAAAAAAAGUAAAAAAGUAUAAAAAAAAAUAAUAGAUAUAAGUAUAUUGAUGUUUAUUUUUAAGAUGUGUAAACAAACUACUGUGAUAUUGUCCACCAAUCAUCUGUGGGUGACUGUGAUUCCACUUGUAGUGCUAGACGCCCACCCCCAAACGACACUGUGCCUACCUCAGUUUACGAGGAGAAGUCUCGCUAACUGCUGUCAGGUCGUUUCCAUAUCUUAAGCAUAAUUGUUGAGGCAUUAUAUCAAAACAUAGGAUCUGGAACUCUGCCAGAAAUAUGUCGCAGCAUUUUAGAUUUUUUGUACAUUGUGAUAAGGAUCUUAUAAUGGCAAGAUGUUGUGUUAUAGCAUAUUGUGAUUGUACCUGCUUGUGGUACAGUGAUAGAAGAUUAACCAUGUGAACACUUUGUAAUUCCAUUUAUAUUUUCCAGCUUUUAAUUGACCAAUUAUCAUGUUAAAGAUUGCCAAAGUCUAUGUAAGGUACUGAGGAUCGGCAGCUUUUAUCUAUAAAGUGAUCCAUUUUUGACAUGACAUACAUAUUGUGCUCGUAGCAUGCUUUUGAAUUGUAUUAAAAUAAAUGAUCAUCCAAAAUUUUGAGUAUUUGUAGUUGUUUGUAAGCUAGACGUUUUGUGGUAAGUUAUGACUUUCUGACAAGUUUAUAAGCAUUCCAUGACUACUGUGUUCAUCAAACAAAUAUCACACCUGCAUCAAGAAAUUUCUAUAGUAUUUUUACUAUUGGUAGAUCUCCAUAUCUAAAUGACUUGUAAUUUUGAAUAAAAAUAUAUUGUGUUCAUUUUAUUUUCACAAGUGCUACUAUAAGGAUGAUCUAGUUGAUUUGUAUGCUCUGUAGGAAGUUACUGAUGUAAACCUCAAACAGUAAUGUACAAACAUGUUUAUAAACUUUGCUUGUAGAAUUAGACUGAUAUUAUUCAUAUAAACUAUGGCAGGUAGUUUUCAGUUUUCUAUGAUGUACUGAAUUGAUGGAUAUUUAUUUGAAAUGAAUAUUUAUUUUCUGAAGUGCUCAAAAUGAAUGUAAUUAAUAAAUGCACUAGAGUAAUAAGAUUUAUAUAUUUAUUUUCUUGUACAUGUUUUUAGUUUUCAUUAAUACUAAGUCACAGGGAUUAUGGAAUCCUAAAAAUUACUUGCCAUAUUUACAUUUAGCAGUUAGUGGUUUUCUUAUGUUGUAAGAACAGGUUGAUAUUGAGCAUUUUAUUUAGCUGAAAACAUCUGAAAAGUCAGGGAAAAAGCAAAUAAAUCAGUUGUAGAAUGGAGAUAUUCAUUCUGGUUGUUGUAAGACAGUUUUGUGUUAUGUGCUAAUCUGAGAUUCUAGUGAAGCUACUAUAGAUGAUCAUUCUGAUGUCAGGUGUGAAAAGUAUGUUCAAACCAAAUACUGAAAUCCUAUGUGUUUUAUCUGUGCAGUUUUAAUGUAAAUACUACUUAAUAUUUUAUUGACCAAAUACUGGAGAGAUUAAAGAGUCAGAAAGGAUAACUUAUUUGCAUGAUGAGUUUAGCUUGAUUAGUCCAAGAUUUUAUGUAUGAUGAUUGUGACAUUCUCCAAAUUUUAUUUCUAAUAUUCAGUUGUUGUGUAUCAAAUAAAGGUUAAUGGAUAAAAA